GUAUCUGAUAUUUCUACUUUCAGCCUCUGGCCACAAUAUGUUAAAGACAGGAUCAAAGCAACUUAUGGUUACAUAGCUGGUUCCCUGGUAAUCACUGCUGGCAGUGCUAUCACAGUAUUUCGUACACCAGCCUUGCUAAAUUUGGUUGCUCGAAAUGGUUGGGUGUCUAUCAUUAUGACCAUGGGAUUGAUGAUUGGCUCAGGCAUGGUGGUCCGUGGAAUGGAUUACAAACCUGGUUUUGGCGCCAAACAACUUGCUUGGAUAGUACACACUGGCAUUAUGGGUGCUGUUAUUGCACCAAUGUGCUUCCUCGGUGGACCUGUACUAAUUAGAGCAGCUUGGUACACAGCUGGUGUUGUGGGUGGUCUAAGUACAAUAGCUGUCUGCGCGCCCUCUGGUGAAUUCCUGAACAUGCGAGCACCUCUAGCUAUGGGCCUCGGAGCUGUGUUUGCCGCGUCACUUGCUGGCAUGUUUUUGCCACCAACCUCUGCCCUAGGAGCAGGAUUAUAUUCACUAAGUUUAUAUGGUGGAUUGAUUGUAUUUGGUGGAUUCCUGCUCUAUGACACUCAGGCAAUUAUCAAACGUGCUGAAAUGCACCCUAUGUAUGGAUUCCAGCCCUAUGAUCCUAUCAACUCAGCGAUCUCAGUGUACCUGGAUGUACUCAACAUCUUCAUGCGCAUUGCUAUGAUUCUGUCGGGUGGAGGUGGAAACAAGAGGAAGUAAAUUUAACCUACAACUAGUACAUAGCCAUCUUUCAAUUUCAAUUACUUGAUAUUUAUUAUUUAAUUUUUUUUAAUAUUGAAUAAAUUGUCAAGAGAACUUAGCAAAAUGUUAGAAGGCAGAAAACAUAAGACACUUUGCUUUCAAUUUAAUGACUUGUGAUAUAAUGUAGGCAAUAAGUUUGUAAAGAUUAGGUAAGGACUUCUAACUGGAGUUGGAAAUCAAUAAUAAAUUAACCAGUGUAACCGAA